UAAAAUUCUUAUAAAAAAUAAAUAAAAUAUUUGAAACAAGUGUAUCCACGAACUAAACAUGGGGUUAUUCGGCAAAACACAUACCAAAGAUCCUAAAGAGCAGGUGCAAGAAUGGACGCACAAAAUUCGUAAGGAAAGCAAUCAACUGGAUCGGCAGAUACGUAGUAUACAGCGAGAGGAGGAGAAAGUGAAGCGUUCCUUAAAGCAGGCAGCUACAAAAAAUGAUCGGGACACUUGUGUCAUUCUCGCAAAAGAAAUUGUGCGCGCACGUAAAGCGAUAAAUCGUAUUUACACAUCUAAGGCACACCUUAACUCCAUACAGCUACAAAUGAAGAACCAAUUGGCUACGUUACGCGUGGCCGGCUCGUUACAAAAAUCCACAGAAGUAAUGCAAGCUAUGCAGAAUUUGGUACGUUAUCCCGAAUUAGCCGGCAUAAUGCGAGACAUGUCGAAAGAAAUGAUGAAAGCAGGCAUAAUUGAGGAAAUGCUCGACGAGACAAUGGAUUCGCUGGAAGAGUCUGAAGAGAUGGAAGAGGAGGCGGCAAAGGAAGUAGAUAAAGUCUUAUGGGAAAUUACGGAUGGUAAACUUGGUGAAGCACCGUUACCACCCGAAGGUAUCGCCGCCGAAAAACGUGAAGUACCCGCUGCCACAGUAGUUGAAUCUGAAGAUGAAGCUGGUGAAGAGGAGGAAGAUUUACAAGAAAUGCAAAAUCGUUUAGCAUCGCUGCGUUCAUAAGCGCCUGCAGUGGGCUGUUGAAAAACACUGACGUAAGCGCCGAACGGCACGAUUCCGAUUACUUUGGCGGCGGGGUAAAAAAACCGAAUUUCCGUAUAAAUGGGGUAUGUACGGAUAGGGGGGCUUCUAUAGAGGUGGAAUAUCCAAAAAUCAUGUGAAAAUAGCUAAUAUUUUUAAAAAUAUUCACGUUUAAAAAAUCAAAAAUUCGCACUAAGAACACAUGUUAUUUCUCCAUGUUUCACAGAAAUUUUCACGUUUUUCUUUCACUAUAAUUAAAUAUACACUCUUAACAUUGAAAUCAGUUCGAUUUUCACUUUCAUUUCCUAAUUUUUCAGCCAAAUUUAGUAAUUUAAAAUCACAUAUAAAAUUUAUGGCUGAAAAGUUUAGAGUGUUUAUAUUUACGAGGAAAACCAGCGUUGCCACACCUUAAAAACCAAAAGUGAAGAAUUUUUUAGCGUUUCACAGCGUUUUUAUAUCGAUAUUCGCAAUAUACGAGUCUGAUCGUGAAUUGGCAAAAAUGAGAAAUACAUAAUAGGAAAAUUUAUAAUUAAUUAUUAUUGCAGAAAGAAGAAGAAUUUGGACACAGAAGAAUUUUGAACACCGGGGUUUUGGACCGACCAGGGAUAUUAUUUUUCGAGCGCUCGAAAAAUAAUAUCCCUGGUCGGUCCAAAACCCCGGUGUUCAAAAUUCUUCUGUGUCCAAAUUCUUCUUCUUUCUGCAAUAAUAAUUAAUUAUAAAUUUUCCUAUUAUGUAUUUCUCAUUUUUGCCAAUUCACGAUCAGACUCGUAUAUUACGAAUAUCGAUAUUUUUAUUUCUUUUUAUUUUUCCAAUUAUUAUUAUUUUUAUAAUAUGUAUUUCUCAUUUUUACAAAUUUUCUUUCUGACUCGAAUAUUGAGAAUAUCGAUAUUUUAAUUUCUUUUUAUUUUUCCAAUUAAUAACAUAAAAUUAAAUAACGCGUCAUACACAUUCGUGAAUCGGAAUUAAAAACGAAUUUUUUAAGACAAUUCCCGUGAAAAUUGGUGCACGUUUUCGGAAAAGCCGCUCUGCUGAACAUUUACCGUAUAUAAUAUUGCUUAUUUGCUUAAUAAAUUUAUACAAGAAAAUAUCCAUAUGCAUGAAUAGAGGAAUUUUGCGAAAAAGAGGAAUUUCACGAAUUGCCUUAUCAUCACAUGGCAGCGCUCCAUUUCGUCGUAAUUUUUGGUAAACAAAUGAGGUUCAAACAAGCGUAAAAUGUAAUUUUUAAAAUAAAGAUUUUUUAGGUAAAAAACCUGUUAAAUGUGUAAAAUGUGGUUUUAUUUAAAAGUUAAUAGUGUAAAUUAAUUAAUUUGAAGUGAAAAAUGUGAAAAAAGUGCGUUUAAUGUGGUGAAAUAGCGUCUUGAAAUGGUCCAAUUUUGCGAUUUUUCGGACUUUAAGGUCGAAUAUCUCGUAAACUAAGCGUUUGCGGACCCUAUAACCCUAUAUAUUUUUUAAUCAGGAGGACUUCCUCUUUCCAACGGUACCUUCAGAUCGCGGCGCCAAAGUAAUCGGAAUUGUGCCCGCCGAACGAAUGGUAAUAUAAUUUUUAGUUUGCUAGCGAACACACCUGAAAAACAGGUCGUUUGCGUUUUUACGUGCACAUUUCAAUGUUUCGAAGCGAAGAAUAAAAACUUUUACAACGGAAGCAAAAAU